UGACUGGCUUUGUGAGUUUCACCCACUAUAGUCUCUAGAUUAUUAGUGUAUAUUUAUGCAUGAGAAAAACGAGAGAACCCGAGUUCUGUAGCAGAGGCUGAGCGUCGAAUCUGCGCAUGCGCGCUGCUGACUCGCCGUAAUCCUCGCGCAUCUGCGCGUCCUGGAGAGAAACAGGCUGAAUUAAGAAGCGAAUCAAAUAAAUAACCGCAGCAUAUGCAUGCACAUCAAACUGCGCUUUAGACACACGCAUGCUGUCAUCAUGAGUCCCGUGAGGAGAUGCAUGAAAACACCGCUGCAGUUUGGCUGUUGUGUGUGUUUAUGCGGUGCGCGGCAGCAGCAGCAGCAUCAUCACCAUCAUCAUCAUCAUCAUCCGCUCCAGCCGAAUCAUAAGUGACCGAACCGAGCGGGACCGGACCGAACCGCACCGCACAUCUGGACAGCAGGGUUUCAGGCGCAGGGAUCUGUCUGCAUCAUCCAUCCCGAUGCUUUUGACGCUCGACCACAGCUGAGACCCACAUCGGACCGGAGGACCGGCGGAACCGGAGCGCUCAUGUCCUCACCGGGCCCGAGACCACUGCACCUCACCCGAGCCUCUCUGCGCCGUUAAAUAUUCAUAGUCACGAUCUGAGUGUCAAACUUGAUACUCCGGUGCCUGGAGAGACAGAUGAGAACCUUCACAGCCGUCGCUGUCACGUUAUGAACAUCUGCAUGAGCUUUAGAUGAGACUCCGAUGAGAUGAGCAGCUGGAUCUGUACAAGCAGGACGAAAUUCACUGCAGCACCUGCAGUCUGACCCGCUGAGGGCCUCCGCUGGGUCAGAAACCCUCUCUGUGUCAUCUGAGUCCACUGAUGCUGGAGACACACAAAUGCAUGCAUACAUGUAUGCGCAUACGCACUGAUACUUAUACAGGGGUUUGCACACACAUGCAUGCAUAUGUUAUGUCGUUUUAAUAUCUGACGGAUUCGUUUUUCAAUGCUUACUAGGUAUGCACGGAAUAUUGGUGGCUAAACUUAUUACUGGUAUUUUUUAAUCAUUAUUUUUAAAUAUUAGAUAUUAUGAAAUAUUUAAAGUAGGUCAGAAUUAGAUGCAAAAAAUUUUGUGUCAUGUUUAUAAAGUUAUCCAUCUUUUUUUUUCGGUACGUUAAAAUGAUUUUAGUGCCUGAUCGUAAAUAUAAAAUGUUAAGCUAAUUUUUUUAAGCAUGCAAACCCAUAUAGAAUCAUUAUAUCAGUCAUAUUUGCCAUAAAGUAAUAUUGGUUAUCGGUAUUAGUGAAAAUACCUUACAAUUUUUAAAUUAAAUUUAAAAAAAAUUAAAUUCAAUAAAAAGUGUAUUUAAAAAAUAUUUUUUACAAUUUUAAUUUGGCCUGUUUAUAAUGUUUUUACUAGUUAAAACCUCUUGAAUUGUCAUUAGAAGUCUUUUUUUUUAACAGGUUACUGUGUAGAAAUGGUUUUUAAAAUUGCUCUUCGCAUGCAUUGCUGAUUGAAUGCACGCACACAUACAUGCACUCAUUCGCAUGCGUAUACGCACACAGAUUGAUAUGCUUGUUCUCUGGACGCUGAUGUUUGUUUGCGAUGAAAGGAAUAUUUGCUUCUGCAGGCUGGAUGAAAUGUGACGCAUCGUAAUCCCGGUGACAGCUGCGGAAAGAUGAGCCACAGACAGACAGAGAGCGAGAGAGAGAGACAGGCAGCAAACAUGAUUAGAGGGACUGCGCCGUGACUCAACCAGACGCAUAGACGGGAAUGGAGACUGGAAACUUUCUCCCAGCGUCAAACUUCCUCUUUUAAAGCCCUAAACGGAGUGUUUUUGUCUCUAGUGCUUCAGUAAUGUGUUGUACCGCCAUCCCCGAAGUGUCGUCCUUCCUCUCAGGCGAGGUUACGGCAGGUUAAACGCCACCUGAGGCUUAGAGAGACUGAAGGGCCCGCGGCCCUCGCAGACCUUUGGGGAAAACGUGGAUCAUUUAUAGACUCGCGUGUGUGCAUGAGCGCUGUCAAUCACAGCUACUUCCUGUCUGUCACUUCCUGAUGUUGAUCUCUGGCAGACUAGAGGAGAUGUCUGACCCUUGAGAACCGUUGACCUUUGCGUUUGACUGUAUUUAUGUGCAUGAAAGACAAACAGAAGGACGCAGCGUGUGCGUUUCUAAGUUGCUCGUGGCAAUGGGGAGUUCUGCGUCGUCUCUGACCACAGACAGGGAAUCAGAUCACGGGUUCGGCACGGCUCCGUUCCCGCCGGCCGCUCCGAUGGGCUGGCUCAGGACCAGCCACAGCAGUCCGGUGUGGGGAACCACUUUCAUCACACGCCAGCAGCAGCAACAGCAGCCUAUCCCACACAGAGAGCGCAGUCACUCUCAUUCUCCUGGUUCGAUGGCCGCAGUUGUGAGGAAUUCUGAUUGGUCAUGCGGGCGCUGCACCUUUCUUAACUCCAGCGGCUCCUUGCGCUGCUCUAUUUGUGAAGCUCCUCGGCAGAAGCCGGAUUUGAACCAUAUUUUGCGCCUCAGCAGUGCUGAGGAACCUCGCUGGUCCUGCCCCCGCUGCACUCUUACCAAUCACCAUGGAUUAGGCUCGUGUUCUGUGUGCGGAGCAGCUCCAGUUACACCCAACGGACCCCUCCCACCCAAGCAGCCCCCGCCCACUCCAGUAGAGCCCGCCUCCAGCCCAGAAGCCAAAGGUCAGGUAGCCAAUGGGGAGUCCCGGUGUGCCGAACCUAACGGGGAGGUGUCUGUAGGAGGGGAGGGGUCAUCAUCAGAGUGGGCGUGUCCUCGCUGUACUUUAGUAAACACUCCGGUGGCGUUAUCGUGCUCGGCAUGCGGCGGUCCGAGGAAACUCUCCUUACCAAAAAUCCCUCCCGAAGCGUUAGUGGUCCCGGAAGUGCGCACACCUGUGGCAGGGUUUCCCACACAAACAGCGGGAGCGUCCGCGCCGCUUCUCAUUGAUCUGACUGAAGAUUCUCCACCCCAAGCACCUUCCGAAACCCCGUCUCCGCCCCCCGUCCCAUUUCUGCCCCCUUCCCUGUCCUCGCUUCAAAAUAACCCUGUGCCUCGCAGCCGAAGGGAAGUCCCGCCCCCUGGACGGCCUCCAAACCCCGCCCCCUCACCAACAUCACCCUCAACCUGCCCGCCUACCAAAACCAAGCCCCUCCCACCAGCAGACAGCUACCCGAUCAAGCGCCUCAGUGUGCUGGAGGAGGAGGAGCCUAACAACCCCACCCUUCCAGUCACGUCUCCACCCUCUUGGAAGUGCCCCGGAUGCUCCGCCCCCACAGCUCCUCCCUCGUCAUCCGCCGGGCGUUGCGAUGCAUGUCGAGGGUCGCGGCCGGGUUCGGGCGCUGACGUCAUCGAUGUACUGGGCGAGUCGGUGCGAUUCACGCCGGCGUCACCGUCCAGUCCGGACUUCAGCUCGUGGGCGUGUUCCAAAUGUACGUUGCGCAACCCGACGGGCGCGGGCCACUGCACGGCCUGCGGAUCGUCCAAAUUGCAUGGUUUCUCCGAGCCGUCCAACUGCUCAUCAUGUUCUCGGAAACAACCGCACUCCCACCCGCGUGCCUUUACUUCUGCCUCCUCUUCCUCGGUCUCGUCCCCGUCGGUGCAGGACAAGAGCACCUGUCAGUGGACGUGUCCUGCCUGCACGCUGUUGAACGAAGUGAGGAUGAAGCAUUGCGCAGCGUGUCACACCCCACAGCAGUACCUCAAUCAGCGCAAAAUCGGGAAGCCGCUCAAACGCCGGGAGAGCAUGCAUGUGGAAGCCCGCAGGCGCACAGAUGAAGGAGAGGCCAAGGAAUUGUGGGAAAACAUCGUCAGCUUCUGUAGAGAGAACGCAGUUAACUUCGUGGAUGACAGUUUCCCUCCCGGUCCACGUUCGGUCGGGUUCCCCGAGAACGACAGCGUCCAGCAGCGAAUCAAAAAGUGGCUCCGCCCUCACGAGAUUAACUGCAAUAACUUUAAAGAUCGUGGCGUGAAGUGGUCUGUGUUCAGGACGCCACGCCCCUCAGAUAUACUGCAAGGCCUUCUGGGAAACUGCUGGUUUUUAUCACAAAGUAGUGUGUGCAAUUCUAAAUUGUAUUUUUGAAAAAAAAUUUUUUACUGCAGACGUUACAUCCCUGUUGAUUGCUUUCCUUCCUGCUAAUGGCUUGUAUUAAUAUUUUAAUCUCUCUCUUUUUUUUUUCUGUGUUUUUCUCUGGGACAGGCUCAGCGGAGGCAGCUGUGGGUCGCGCUUAUAGAAAAGGCUCUGGCGAAGCUGCACGGCUCGUAUUUUGCGCUGCAGGCCGGUCGUGCCAUCGAGGGUUUGGCGACGCUCACUGGCGCCCCCUGUGAAAGUCUGAUGCUGCAGGUCAGCUCAACCAAUCCCCGUGAAGAGCCGAUCGACACGGACCUCAUAUGGGCCAAAAUGCUCAGCUCCAAAGAGGCGGGCUUUCUGAUGGGGGCGUCCUGUGGAGGUGGUAACAUGAAGGUGGAUGAUGCUGUAUAUGAAUCUCUGGGGCUCCGCCCACGACACGCCUACUCCAUACUGGACGUCAGGGAUGUUCAGGGCUACAGGCUGCUGCGUUUGAGGAACCCCUGGGGCCGGUUCUCCUGGAACGGCUCGUGGUCAGACGAGUGGGCCGACUGGCCGCAGCACCUGCGUCACGAGCUCAUGGCUCAUGGCAGCAGUGAAGGCGUGUUCUGGAUGGAAUACGGAGACUUCAUUAAGUACUUUGAUUCGGUGGAUAUCUGCAAGAUUCAUCCUGAUUGGCAGGAAGUUCGUCUGCAGGGCUGCUUCCCCUGUCGGGCGAGUAAACCGGUGACCGUCACCGCCCUCACGGUCCUGGAGAGAACCGCGCUGGAGUUUGCCCUCUUCCAGGAGGGCAGCAGGCGUUCGGACACGGCCGACAGUCACCUGUUGGAUCUGUGCAUCAUGGUCUUCCGGGCCUCGUUUGGGAACGGGAAUAAGCUGGUCCUGGGACGUCUGCUGGCGCACAGCAAGCGCGCGGUGAAGAAGUUCGUAGGAUGUGACGUGAUGCUGGAGCCGGGAGAGUACGCUGUCGUCUGCUGUGCCUUUAAUCACUGGCAGAUGGACCUGACGGGCGCUUUGACACCAGUGUCCAGCCCCACCAACGCCCGCAGACCCAGCCAGGAUUUCCCAGGGUACAUCUUGGCCAUCUACAGCUCCAGACAGGUGAUGGUGGAGCAGGUGGAGGCCAUAUCCACCACACUCGCCGACGCCAUCAUCCUGCUGACGGAGAACAAGGGAGAGAGACAUGAGGGUCGGGAAGGAAUGACAUGUUACUACCUGACUCACGGGUGGGCGGGGCUUAUCGUCGUUGUGGAGAACCGUCACCCAAAGUACUACCUCCAUGUGUCAUGUGACUGUACUGACAGCUUCAAUGUGGUGUCGACCCGCGGCAGCCUGAAGACCAUCGACAGCGUACCGCCGCUGCACAGGCAGGUACUGGUGGUUCUGUCCCAGCUGGAGGGGAACGCCGGAUUCUCCAUCACACACAGACUGGCCCAUAGGAAAGCGGCGCAGGCGUCUCUGGGCGACUGGACAUCUAGUAAAGCCACACACUCGCCUCAACUCACGCCAGACACUGACGGACUGCACAGACCGCGGCCGCUUUGACACACGCUCACACACACACACACACACACACACACACACACACACACACACACACAUAGACGCACUGUCCUGUCAUGAACCCACAUAGACAAGUUCAGACCCGUGAUGAUGAUGAACACGCACGCAGCCACUGAGAGGGACUGGGUGGAACUACUGAGCCAAUCACACGUCUGCUCGCUGAGCCAAGACCCGCCCACUGCAAACACAGCCACUCUGCGCAAGCACACGUGUGCCAUGAAGAGCUGCAUUCACAUCCCAUCCUGGAGUACACCGUACCUCUCCUGUCACCGGACUUUACCUUCUAGUUUCUCUCCAUGUGUUCAGACAGAUGGCAAAUCUCAUUUUAAAGGGUUCCUCCACCCCAAAAUGAAAAUUUACCCCCAUGUCGUUCCAAACCCGUAAAAGCUUUGUUCGCCUUCGGAACACAAUUUAAGAUAUUUUAGAUGAAAACCGGGAGACUUGUGACUGUCCCAUUGACUGCCAAACAAUUAACACUGUCAAGGCCCAGAAAAGUAUGAAUAUAAAAUAGUCCAUCUGCCAUCAGUGGUUCAACCGCAACGUUAUGAAGCUACGAGAAUACUUUUUGUACGCAAAGAAAACAAAAAUAACGACUUCAUUCAACAAUAAUCGCCUCCUCUGCGUCAGCAAGUCACAAGCCUCCCGGUUUUCAUCCAGAAUAUCUUAAAUUGUGUUCUGAAGACGAGCAAAGCAUUUACGGGUUUGGAACGACAUGGGGGGGGUAAGUGAUUAAUGACAAAAUUGUAGUUUUGGGGUGGAGUAACCCUUUAAUAUUUCACACGGCUCAUUUCACCCAGAGUCAUAACAAAAAAAAUACAUUGUUUUAAAAUAGCUAAAUUAAGCCUGUUUUUGGGACCAUUAUUAUUAUUAUUACAGUUUCAAUUAUCUCAUUUUUUAUUCAAUUAUAUUAAAUUAUCUGUCAUGCAAUUUAAGAAAAUUUCCCCUAAAAUUCACAAUAUUUCUGACUUCUAAACAUUUCAGUUUUAUUUUAAUUAUAUUAUAAUAAUUGUAAUAAAAUAAUAAUAAUUAUAAUAAUAAUAGUGCUGGGCAACGAUUAAUUGCAAUUAAUCACAUCCAAAAUAAAAGUUUUUGUUUACAUAA